AUGGCUGCACUUCCUGGCUCGACUAGGGGUCCGGCUAUGGACCCUUUCAGCAAGCUUCAUUCCGACACCGGUUCUUUGUUGCACGAGGCAGAGUCGAGGCCCGAAUUUCAACAAACACAAGAUGAAGCUAAGCAACGGCGUAUGGCGCGGGUGAUCAAUGAUCAGCAAUUGGCGCCCAUGACCGUUAACGAGCUUCGAGUUCAUGGUGCGGUCAAUACACGAAUGGAAUUCCUCGACCCCAUUUUCCACCCACUUGUUGCAGAUAAGAACAACGAAAACUCAACCGUUGGAGGAGUUGUAGACCAGCUCCGUGUUAUCAGCAACAAGCUCGAUGGUCUUCAAAUCUUCCAACCUCAACCCGAAGUCUUCCUUACUUCCGCACAGCAGACAGACCCCUCCACCUCCCCCACCGACGUCAACAUCGACAUCCGAGUCAAGGAGCUUUCACGAUUCAAGCUGCAAACUGGUACCGAUGUCGGUAAUGGAGAAGGAUCUGCCUACGGUUCGCUGCUAUGGCGAAACAUGUUUGGUGGUGCCGAGAUGCUGGAGUUGAAUGCCAAAGCUGGUACACGCACACGCUCGGCUUACAGCGCCAACCUCACAGCGCCCGUCUUCAGCAACCCUGAUAUGAGGAUAUCGCUGGAGGGUCUGGCUUCGGCUGCUGAGAAGCCAUGGGCAUCGCAUGAAGAAGUUCUUAAGGGCGGAACUCUGCGUUUCUCUUGGCUUAACGAACAGCGUGACAAGCAGUCCGUUGAGUACUCGGGUAUCUGGCGUCAAAUCACCGGUCUGGCCGAGGGUGCCAGCCCAACUGUGCGAGCAGAUGCCGGUGACUCUAUUAAGAGCGCCAUUAAGCACACAUUCCUCAGAGAGAGACGUGAUAAUCCUCAGCUCCCUCAGAGCGGUUACAUGGUUCGAUCUGGUCUUGAGGUCGCUGGUCUUGGUCCUCUUGCUGGUGAUGUUGCUUUCUCCAAGGGUGAGAUUGAGGUUGGCGGUGCCGCCCCUAUCCCUCUUCCUGGUGUCAGUGGACGAACAGGUAUUUCCAUUGGUGGUGGAUUGAGACUAGGCCUGCUUUGCCCUCUGCCUCUUGGAUAUGAGUUCGGCAGCAAGCUUCGCUCUACUCGCAUCAACGACCGCUUCCAGCUUGGAGGACCUACCGAUGUCCGUGGCUUCAAGCUCGGUGGCCUCGGUCCUCACGAUGGUGUCGACUCUGUCGGAGGUGAUGUCUUCGCUGCUGGCAGUGUUAACAUGCUUCUCCCCGUCCCCUACAAGGGUCCUGACUCCGGUCUUCGAUUCCAACUCUUCGCCAACGGUGGUCGUCUCGUUGCUCUCAAGGACCCCAAGAAGUCCUCUUCCCAGGAGAUGUCCGGAUCAGAUGUUCGAAAUGGUUUAGUAAACGCAGUUGGAGAAGUCUUCAACGGUGUUCCCAGCGUCGCUGCUGGUUGUGGUCUGGUGUAUGCGCACCCCGUUGCGCGAUUUGAGCUGAACUUCAGCUUGCCUUUGGCUCUAAGGAAGGGAGAGGCUUCCACCAAGGGACUGCAGGUUGGUGUAGGAAUCAACUUCUUGUAA